GGAUGGUCCAGGUCAAGUGUUUGAAGGAAAAUUCGGAAUUCACGAUGUUCAAACGAAAAAAUUUCGAGUACAUCGUAUCCACCAAAGUAAAGAAGAAAAAGCUUUGCUAAAGUUAUUUCAUCCAAACAUCGUCAAACUUCUUCAGCGUGAAAGUGGCAAUGACUAUUUAUACUGUGAAUGGGACCGGUAUUUGGCCACUUUAGAUCAGCUGUUCUUGAAGUCGGAUGAUGCAAGAAAAUACAAGGGGCGUAUGCCACAUCAUAUCGAUGGUUUGCUACAAUUAGCUAAUGGUCUGGAAUACAUCCAUUCACAGAAUUUAGUUCAUGGAGACAUCAAACCAGAAAAUGUCCUCAUUGUGGAGGGAUCUGCUGGCCAAGAUGAGAUAACCCUCAAAUGGACAAAUUUUGGACUGAUCAGAAGUGUCAGUGAAGCAAACCAAACCAGUCCUAUCAGAAGAAAUAAGGCAUGGUUAGCCCCCGAGUUGCUUCAAUUGUCAAGAAAUAUGGAAAAUGUAGAGGAAACAAGUUAUCAAGAUGGCGUCAAGAGCGACGUUUUUGCACUGGGACUUGUUUUCGGUAGUCUAUUCUUGAAUGGCGAACAUCUCUACGGUUCCACCGAAAAUGAAAUUGCCGACAACAUAGUUAAAGGAGAUCCCAUCAACAUGCUAAAAAUGGAUAGCAAAUUACGCGGCUGUUACGAGAAUGACUUAUUGAAAAGAACGUUGAAAAACGACCCCAAUGAAAGAGUAUCAUCGAAAGAAGUAGUUGUUCAAUUACAAUCGAUCAAGGAUAAGCUCACUGGAAAAGAAAAAGAAUUGCUUGAAUUGUGUGGGCGUGAUUCGCGAGAGGAUCUAACAGGAAAAAUCAACGAAUUAAUUCAGUUGGGAAUUAACGUUAACGCAAAGGACAAAGACGGAAGGAAUGCGCUUCACCUUUUGUGUCGGUACUAUUCAAACCCAAAAUUAAUCGACGACAUUCAACUCUUAAUAGGAAACGGAAUCGACGUGAAUGCAAGAGACAAAGAUGGAAUGGAUGCCAUGCAUUAUUUGUGUCAAUACCAUUCAAGCAAAAACUUAAUUGACGCAAUUCAAGUUUUAAUUCAUUCCGGAAUAGACGCAAAGGCAAUAACCAACGAUGGAUCGAAUGCGCUCCAUUAUUUAUGUCGAGACAAUUCAACCCCAAAUUUAGUCGACGCAGUUGGUAUUUUGAAUAAAUUAGGAGUGGAUAUGAUGCUGCCGGACAACGCUGGAUGGCACGCAUAUUAUUAUUCGCUUAAUAAAGUUAACAAAGAGAUGAAAAUCUGGUUUGACCGCCAAAAACGAAUAGGGAAAGGUGGCUUUGGUACGGUAUUUAAAGGAAAGUUCGGAGGUCGUGAAGUGGCAGUCAAAAGAGUUGAAAUAGAUCGUGCCGAGAAGAGAGAAGAAGAAGCAAUGCUGAAGUUAGAUCAUCCAAACAUCGUAAAACUUUUUCACUGCGAAAAAGACAAUGACUUUAUGUACUACGCGUUGGAAUUAUGUGUCGCUUCGUUAGAUCAACUUUUCCUGAAAUCGGAUGAUCCCAAAAAAUACAACGAACGUAUGCCACCUCCUAUCGAAAUAUUCCGGCAAUUAGCUACAGGCUUGGCAUACAUCCAUUCAAUGAACUUAAUUCAUCGAGACAUUAAACCAGAAAACAUCCUCAUUUUGCGAAAGUCUGGAAAAAUUGAAGAGAUAAUAAUCAAAUGGUCUGAUUUUGGACUGGCCAAAUCCGUAAACGAAAAGGGAUAUCACUCGUGGUCUGGAGUGAGAGGAACCAGAAAUUGGUGGGCACCCGAAGUGCUGGAAAAACUCAUCAACGAAGAAAAUGUGAAAAAUAAUAAGUUUUGGGGCACCGUUAGGAGCGAUGUGUUUGUCCUCGGCCUCGUCUUCGGUUAUAUUUUCUUGGAGGGAGAACAUCUAUUCGGUUCAAGUGAAACUGAAAUUCACUUAAAUAUAACUAGAAAAGAUCCGGUGAAUAUGAAGAAUAUUGAUGACGAAUUGCGCAAAUAUUAUGAGGAUGACUUACUAAACAAAAUGUUGGAACACGAUCCGGAUAAAAGAAUUAGUUCGAAAGAAGUCGUCGAACAACUGGAACCCAUCACGAAAAAGCUGGCUGAAAAAGAAGAAGAAUUUCGACAACUUUGUGCUCGUGGCUCUUUGUCUGAUCUAAAAGGAACAGCCAACGACUUCAUUCGCAUUGGAAUCGAUGUGAAUGCAAAGGACUCUGAUGGAAGGAAUGCGCUCCAUUAUUUGUGUCAAUCAAGUUCAAGCCCAAAUUUAAUCGACGCCAUUCAACUCUUAAUCCCACUGGGAAUUGAUGUGAAUGCAAACAGCAAUUCGGGAAGGAAUGCGCUUCAUUAUUUGUGUGAAUCAAAUUCAAGCGCAAAUUUAAUUGGAGCCAUUCAACUCUUAAUCCAACUGGGAAUUGAUGUGAAUGCAAGGGACGAUGAUGGACGGAAUGCGCUCCAUUUUUUGUGUAAAUCAAGUUCAAGCCCAAAUUUAAUUGGAGCCAUUCAACUCUUAAUCCCACUGGGAAUUGAUGUGAAUGCAAAGGACAUAUAUGGAAGUAGUGCGCUCCAUUAUUUGUGUGAAUCAAAUUCAAGCCCAAAUUUAAUUGACGCCAUUCAACUCUUAAUCCCACUGGGAAUUGAUGUGAAUGCAAAGGACAUUGGUGGAUGGAAUGCGCUCCAUUAUUUGUGUAAAUCAAGUUCAAGCCCAAAUUUAAUCGACGCCAUUCAACUCUUAAUCCCACUGGGAAUUGAUGUCAAUGCAAAGGACAUUUAUGGAAGGAAUGCGCUCCAUUAUUUGUGUAAAUCAAAAUCAAGCCCAAAUUUAAUUGACGUCAUUCAACUCUUAAUCCCACCGGGAAUUGAUGUGAAUGCAAAGGACAGAUACGGAAAGAAUGCGCUACAUCUUUUGUGUCAACUAAAGUCAAGCCCUAAUUUAAUUGACGCCUCUCAACUCUUAAUCAAACUAGGAAUUGAUGUGAAUGCAAAAGACAAUUCGAAAAUGAAUGCGCUUCAUUAUUUGUGUGGAUACAAUUCAAGCUCAAAUUUAAUUGACGCCAUUCAACUCUUAAUCCAACUGGGAAUUGAUGUCAAUGCAAAGGACUCUAAUGGAAUGAAUGCGCUCUAUUAUUUGUGUGAAUGGAAUAAAAGCCCAAAUUUAAUUGACGCCAUUCAUCUCUUAAUCCAAAAGGGACUUGAUGUGAAUGCCAAGGACGAUUCGGGAAAGAAUGCGCUCCAUUAUUUGUGUCAAUUAAAGUCAAGCCCACAUUUAAUUGACGCCAUUCAACUGUUAAUCCCACUGGGAAUUGAUGUGAAUGCAAAGAGCACUUCGGGACAGAAUGCGCUCCAUUAUUUUUGUUUAUUAAAUUCAAGCGCAAAUUUAAUUGACGCCAUUCAACUUUUAAUCCCACUGGGAAUUGAUGUGACUGCAAAAGACAAUUUGGGAAGGAAUGCGCUCCAUUUUUUGUGUGUAAACAAUUCAAGCCCAAAUUCAAUUGACGCCAUUCAACUCUUAAUCCAAAAGGGAAUUGAUGUGAAUGCAAAGUGCAAUUCGGGAGAGAAUGCGCUCCAUCAUUUAUGUAAAUCAAAGUCAAGCCAAAAUUUAAUUGACGCCAUUAAACUCUUAACCACACUGGGAAUUGACGUGAAUGCAAAGAACGAUAAUGGAUGGAAUGCGCUUCAUUAUUUGUGUGAAUCAAAUUCAAGCCCAAAUUUAAUUGACGCCAUUCAACUCUUAAUCCAACAGCGAAUUGAUGUGAAUGCAAAGGACAAGUGGGGAAAGAAUGCGCUCCAUCUUUUGUGUCAACCAAAUUCAAGCGUAAAUUUAAUUGAAGCCAUUCCACUCUUAAUACAAUUGGGAAUUGAUGUGAAUGCAAAGGACUAUUCGGGAAAGAAUGCUCUCCAUCAUUUAUGUAAAUCAAAGUCAAGCCAAAAUUUAAUUGACGCCAUUCAACUCUUAACCCCACUGGGAAUUGAUGUGAAUGCAAAGGCCAGAUAUGAAAUGAAUGCGCUCCAUUGUUUGUGUGAAUCAAAUUCAAGCGCAAAUUUAAUUGACGCCAUUCAACUCUUAAUACAAUUGGGAAUUGAUGUGAAUGCAAAGGACUAUUGGGGAAGGAAUGCGCUCCAUUAUUUGUGUGAAUGGAAUUCAAGCCCAAAUUUAAUUGACGCCAUUCAACUCUUAAUCCAACUGGGAACUCGUGUCAUAUCCAAUGGUUGCGAUGCACGAAUUUAUUUACGCCAUAAUCGUCGAUCGUCGAUCGUCGAUCGUCGAGAUCGAAAUCCUAAAACUGCUCGACGAAGCAGUUCUUGUUUGAAUCAUAACUCAUCUCUAGGCGACGCAAUGCAUUUUAACGACGGAAAAAAAAAUAUGGCGACUGUCGCAUAGUCUAAUUGCUUAUAUCUCUUACCAUUACAAAAUUCAAAUUUCCUACUUUCUCACUUCACUUUCAGAAAUACACCAGAAUAGAACCCCGGAAAUGUCCGCAUCGCCGAGAGUUUUGCCAAUGUAUUAUUCCUUUACCCCAAGUUGAUUGCGACUCAUUUGAUGAUUAAAAAUUCUAUGUGGGCAAACAUCUUUAAAAUGAAAGGAAAAAUCAAAGCAUAAAAAACAGCAGUGUGAUUCAAUAUUGGU